CUCAGCUUUAACACACCUUAGCUGGGUCUGGAUAAAAAAAGUGUGAGCUGAAAAACUUCUGGGAGAAAACAUCAGGGGAAGAAAGAGAGAGGAGGGAUUUAUCCAAAGGCAUUUCUCAUUCCUUCAAAAAUCUCAGGCUAGGUGGCUAUGGUAUGGAUGUAACCAAGAAAAACAAACGAGACGGCACUGAAGUCACUGAAAGAAUUAUCACUGAAACAGUAACUACAAGACUUACAUCCUUACCACCAAAAGGGGGGACCAGCAAUGGCUACUCUAAGACAGGCUCUCUUGGUGGAGGGAGCCGGCUGGAGAAACAGAGCCUGACCCAUGGAAGCAGUGGCUACAUAAACUCAAGUGGAAGCACCCGAGGCAAUGCCUCUACCUCCAGUUACAGGAGGGCUCAUUCACCUGCCUCGACUCUGCCCAAUUCACCAGGUUCAACCUUUGAAAGGAAAACUAACGUCACUCGUCAUGGAGCCUAUGAAGGAAGCUCCAGUGGAAACUCUUCUCCAGAGUACCCUCGGAAGGAAUUUGCAUCUACUUCAACCAGAGGACGGAGCCAAACACGAGAGAGUGAAAUCCGGGUUAGACUGCAGAGUGCAUCCCCAUCUACCAGAUGGACAGAGUUGGAUGACGUGAAGCGUUUGCUCAAGGGGAGCCGAUCAGCAAGCACAAGCCCCAUACGGAAUUGCUCCAACACACUCCCCAUCCCCAAGAAGGGCACUGUGGAGACCAAAACAGUGACAGCAAGCUCUCAGUCAGUGUCAGGCACUUAUGAUGCAACAGUCCUUGACACCAACCUUCCUACUCAUGUGUGGUCCUCCACCUUGCCUGCGGGGUCCUCCAUGGGGACCUACAACAACAUGACAACCCAGAGCUCAUCACUUCUCAACACCAAUGCCUAUUCUUCAGGAUCAGUCUUUGGCGUUCCAAAUAACAUGGCGUCCUGUUCGCCCACGCUGCACCCAGGACUCAGUACCUGCUCUUCAGUGUUUGGCAUGCAGAACAAUCUGGCUCCCAGCUCAACCACCCUGUCCCAUGGCAUGGCCACCACUUCCACAGCAUACGGUGUCAAGAAAAACAUACCUCAGAGCCCUACCACUGUGAGCACUGGCAUGUCCACCUCUGCUGCCUGCACCACAACUGUCCAGAAUGAUGACCUUCUGCACAAGGACUGUAAGUUCCUGAUCUUAGAGAAAGACAACGUGCCCUCCAAGAAGGAGAUGGAGCUACUGAUCAUGACCAAGGAUAGUGGGAAGGUCUUUACGGCCUCCCCCGCGACCAUCGCUUCAACUUCCUUUUCAGAGGACACGCUAAAAAAAGAAAAGCAAGCCACCUACAUUUCUGAUGCCUGCCUGAAGUCUGAAGUUAAUGGAGACCUGAAGACAGUGUCCACAAAGGGCAAGGCUGCCUCUGCAGAAACCUAUGGCUAUGACCGCCGAGGCGGAGGCGGCGGCGGCGGCGGCGGCGGCAGCGGCGGUGGUGGUGUGGCCGGCGGAGGUGGAAGCCCGUGGGGGGCAGCUCCAGCCUGGUGCCCCUGUGGCUCCUGCUGUAGCUGGUGGAAGUGGCUGCUAGGCCUGCUCCUCACCUGGCUGCUUCUCCUCGGGCUGCUUUUCGGUCUCAUCGCUCUGGCGGAGGAGGUGAGGAAGCUGAAAGCGAGAGUGGAUGAACUGGAGAAAAUCAAGAGCAGCAUGAUACAUUUUGAGGAGACGAUGGAGAGGAGCAACAGGGAACGUCUCCAGGGUGCUGCACCCGGAGUGGGGACCGGCCUGGGGACAGGGGGGCUGGACAGCCACAGUCAGGAGGCACUCUGGAUAUUUGUGAGGAACAAGCUAAUGACAGAACAAGAAAAUGGAAAUCUACGAGGCAGCCCUGGCCCGAAAGGUGACAUGGGAAGUCAAGGUCCUAAAGGUGAUCGAGGACUCCCUGGGACUCCAGGUAUCCCUGGGCUUUUGGGCCACCCAGGUCCUGAAGGACCAAAGGGACAGAAAGGCAGUGUGGGAGAGCCUGGCAUGGAGGGACCCAUGGGCCAGAGAGGCCGAGAAGGUCCUCCAGGACUCCGUGGCGACCCAGGGCCUCCUGGGCUUGGCGAGAAAGGGGACAAAGGGCCUGUUGGUGAGCCAGGACCUCAUGGUCCACCUGGUGUCCCAGGUUCUGUGGGUCCCAAAGGUUCCAAUGGUUCUCCUGGCCCUCAAGGACCCCCAGGUUCUAUAGGUCCCCAAGGGCUCCGAGGUGAAGUGGGACUCCCUGGGGUCAAAGGUGACAAAGGACUUAUGGGACCACCAGGAUCUAAAGGUGACCAAGGCGAGAAAGGAGCCCGAGGCCUCACAGGCGAACCUGGCACGAGAGGUUUGCCUGGUGUUGCAGGCGAGCCUGGGGCUAAAGGAGCAAUGGGUCCUGCUGGUCCUGAUGGACAACAAGGCCCAAGAGGUGAACAAGGUCUUACAGGGAUGCCUGGAAUCCGUGGCUCACCAGGACCUUCUGGAGACCCAGGAAAGCCAGGCCUCACUGGACCCCAAGGACCUCAGGGACUUCCUGGUAUCCCCGGCCGACCAGGGACUAAAGGGGAACCCGGAACUGCAGGCAGGAUUGUAACUGCAGAGGGGUCAUCGACUAUCACCGUCCCAGGCCCCCCAGGACCUCCUGGAGCUAUGGGACCUGCAGGGCCUCCAGGUGCACCAGGCCCUGCUGGUCCAGCUGGUCUCCCGGGACAGCAAGAAGGUCUUGAUUUACGAGGUCCCCCAGGUCCACCUGGUCCACCUGGUCCACCAGGAACUUCCAUUCCAGGCCCUCCAGGACCCCGAGGCCCAGCAGGGGAAGGAUUUCCAGGCCCACCAGGCCCACCAGGAUCUUCCCUUACCAACUCAGAAGUAUUAUUCUCUGGGCCCCCAGGCCCACCUGGACCCCCAGGCCCCAAAGGAGACCAAGGGCCCCCAGGUCCCCGAGGACACCAAGGUGAGCAAGGCCUCCCAGGAUUCUCGAGCUCAGAUUCCAGUUCUCUUGGAUUCAACCUGCAGGGACCCCCAGGCCCUCAGGGACCCAAGGGUGACAAAGGUGAUCCUGGUGUUCCUGGCAUUCCUGGUGGGCCCUCUCGAGGAGGAUCAUCCAGCACCACAUACAUGCAGGGUCCUCCAGGCCCACCAGGACCUCCUGGGCCCCCAGGCUCCAUCAGCAGCUCUGGCCUGGAGAUUCAACAGUACAUCUCAGAGUACAUGCAGAGUGACAGUAUUAGGUCUUAUCUAUCUGGAGUUCAAGGUCCCCCGGGGCCACCUGGUCCCCCAGGGCCUGUCACCAGCAUCGCAGGAGAGACUUUUGACUACUCGGAACUGGCAAGCCUCGUCGUGAGCUACUUACAAACCUCAGGGUACAGUAUCGGUUCUGCAUCCGCCUCCAUCUCCUCUGAAGCCAUCCUGGCUGCGCUACAGCGGGAUGACGUUCGCCAGUACCUACAGCAGUACCUGAUGGGCCCUCGGGGGCCGCCAGGGCCACCCGGGGCCAGUGGAGAUGGGUCCCUCCAGUCUCUGGACUAUGCCGAGUUGAGUAGCCGCGUAGUCAGCUACAUGUCUAGUUCUGGGAUCAGCAUUGGGCUUCCUGGCCCCCCAGGUCCCCCUGGAUUGCCAGGAACGUCCUAUGAGGAGCUCCUCUCCUUGCUCCGAGGGUCUGAAUUUGGAGGCAUUGUUGGACCUCCAGGCCCCCCAGGGCCCCCAGGGAUCCCAGGCAAUGCAUGGUCCAGCAUCAGCAUGGAGGACCUCUCAUCUUACUUGCACACUGCUGGUUUGUCAUCCAUCCCAGGCCCCCCAGGCCCUCCUGGUCCCCCAGGUCCUCGAGGGCCCCCAGGUGUGUCAGGAGCUCUGGCGACUUAUGCAACUGAGAACAGUGACAGCUUCCGGAGCGAACUGAUCAGCUACCUCACAAGUCCUGAUGUGCGCAGCUUCAUCGUCGGCCCCCCAGGCCCUCCAGGGCCCCAGGGACCACCUGGAGACAGCCGGUUCCUAUCAGCAGAAAGCUCCUCCAGUCGAAGUGGCAGCGGCGGUUCCUCCUCACGUAGCUCCUCGGUCAGACGGAGCACCUCCUACAGCUCUUCUGCGGGCUCACUGGGCGAAGGAGGAGCCUUUGGAGGAGAUGGGGGACCCUACGGCACUGACGUCGGCUACUGGGCGGGAGCAGAAGGCGGCUUGUAUGGUGGCGAUGGUGGAUCAUUCAGGACUGGCUUUGCUGGAAGUCUGGAUUACAAUGAGCUGGCUGUUCGCGUGUCAGAGAGCAUGCAGCGUCAGGGCCUGCUGCAAGGGAUGGCCUACACUGUGCAGGGACCACCAGGCCAGCCUGGCCCCCAGGGGCCCCCCGGCAUCAGCAAGGUCUUCUCUGCCUAUAGUAACGUGACCGCGGACCUCAUGGACUUCUUCCGAACUAAUGGUGCCAUUCCAGGACCUCCUGGGCAGAAGGGAGAGGUGGGCACCCCAGGACCCAGAGGUGAGAGGGGUCCUGCAGGACCACCAGGACGGCCUGGUCCACCUGGCCCUGGAGGGCACAAGGGAGAAAAAGGAGACAAGGGUGACCAAGUCUAUGCUAGACGGAGGAGAAGUAUUGCCACCAAGCCAUGA